AUGGCAAACCGCAGUGAGCAAGCCUGCAAAGCCUGCAAAAAACAGAAGCGGCGUUGCGACAAAGCUCUUCCAGAGUGUAGCUUAUGCAAGCGGACUCAACGCCUUUGCGAGUAUGGCAUCGCGACCGAGUUCCAGCCAACUGCUAGUGACUGGAGUAUGAUGCAAACGCGUCUCAGUGAGCUUGAGAAUCGUCUGGCCAAUUCUCCGAAAGCUACGGAGCAGCAUAUCUUGAGCCCAAUCUCAGGCCCAUUGUUGGAACAGGGAUCAACGCCAGGCGCGACAUUCUACGACUCCAUCGAUGCGCACAGCAUCGAGUCGAAUAGCAUCAAUUCAUCGUCUCAAUCCAUCGGGUUUACGCCUGCGUACUCCACUGUCGAACUUUCUGGUUUAGUAUCGGAGACGAGUUUUCCGGCAUCUAUGUUUCUCGAUGUUGACUGUUAUGUAUGGUCUCAUGCCAGGCUGCCUGCUCCCAGCGGCGUCAUUCCUGCGCCCGUCCUCGCUCUUCUCAGCCAAGGCAACGUCGUUCUGGAUGUAUCGCAGAAUUACUUUGCGACGAUUCACACCUGGUUUCCUAUGAUAUCAAAAAAGAGGAUGGAUAUGGGUCUACCAGUGCAAAAUGCAGGCCCCGAUCUCGCCAUGCUGUUCCUGGGAAUGAAGCUUGUGACGACUCCUGCUAUCGACAUAACCGACUCAAGCUUGUACGAUACAGCCAAAAGCUUCCUCGCUAGUCUGGAGACCAAUGGUGUUGUAUCACUACUCUGCCUUCAGGCUAUGAUCCUCGUAGCUUUGUAUGAGUAUUCUCAUGCGAUCUAUCCGGCAGCUUGGAUGACUAUUGGGUCGUGUGCGCGCUACUCUGAUAUUCUGGGCAUCACUCCUGGUGAUUAUUCUCCAUUGGGUCAAGUGACAACAUGGACAGAGGCUGAAGAGAGGAGGAGAGUAUGGUGGAGUAUCUACAUCCUCGAUAAGCUCGUGUCACUGGGAAGCAGAAAGCGUUGCUUACUUCCUGAUGCCCAUCCGCAGUGUAAACUGCCUGUCGAUGAUGACGCAUGGGACCGCGGCGAGGUAAAUGUGGCCGUCAGUCACUCAACCUCAAUAUCGUAUCAAGUCCAGCAAUCUCCAUUCUCAAGACUAUGUCAAGCCUCGAUGUAUCUCGGACGCGCCAUAAACUACGCCCGAGACAACUCAGCCAUGACAAGUUCUCGUAUCGAAGAAAUCAUGUCUCUUGUAGGAGAGUUGGGAGCUUUUGCAACAGUCGUGGAUAAUGAAACUCCAGAUCUCAGUCCCGAGAAAGGCCUUACCCUUCUCGCUCCUCGAUGUAUCUCCCGAUCGGCGCUCUUUGUCACCCUCGAUCGUUUUACUUGCCCUGAGAAGAUCAGUGCAGAGCCUGGGUAUGUAGAGAGUCCCGGGGAUAAGACACAGAAUGAGAUCGAGCUUCAGAGGCAAUCCAUGCGUAUUAUCGAACAGGCAAGCGAACAGCUACACACUCUGGGUAUGGAACUGCUACCAGCAUUCACAACUGUAGGAAUAUCCUUAAUGUCCAACGUGAGCCCUUUCAUCUUGGACUCUAUCUAUGCUGGUGCGGCAACAAUCCACUGGCUUCUUGGCGAAGGCGGGAAUGAAGUUUACCGCACGGCUGCUGCUGACUUGGAUGUGUUUCUGGAUACGAUGAGCUCGAGAUGGAGGCUUGGUAACCACCGAAAAACACCAUCUAAAAGACUACGAACCAUGAGUGUCCGUCGAAGCACCAUCAUUCCCAACAAGCCAACUCUAACAGAGAAGAACCUCCCUGACCAAGCAGGCAGGGUCUUUCUCAUAACCGGAGCUUCUGGAGGCUUGGGAAAAGAGCUUGCUUCAAUUCUAUACCAGAAGAAUGGCAAGAUCUACAUGGCCGCUCGCUCCAAGUCUAAGACUGCGGAGGUUAUAAGAGACAUCCAGGCAGCUUACCCAAAUUCAACCGGAAGCAUGAUAUUCUUACCGCUGGUUCUCGACGACCUCACUACCAUCAAGGCUUCGGCCCAAGAAUUCCUCGCACAGGAGAGCCGCCUCGAUGUCCUGUAUAACAACGCUGGUGUGAUGGUACCUCCACAGGGGUCUAAGACAGUACAAGGCUACGAGUUGCAAAUUGGCGUGAACAACCUCGCCCCGUUCCUAUUUACUCACUUCCUCCAUCCUAUUAUUGCUGCUACAGCCCAGAUUGCCCCCAAGAACUCUGUUCGUGUCAUUUGGGUGUCUUCUAGCGCUGCUGAUGGUGCUCCAACCCCAGCUAUCGACUUCACGAACAUGGACUAUCACAAAGAAGAAGGGAUCUGGCCGAAGUAUUCGAGGAGUAAGGCUGGAAAUGUCUUGCACUCUGUCGAGUUCGCUCGAAGGACUGCCGGUGAAGGCAUCAUCAGCAUAGCUCUGAAUCCUGGUAACUUUGUGACCAACCUACAGCAGAAUAUGCCGAGGAUGCAGCUUGCUAUCUUCAAACUUAUCGCUCACGCACCCAAGAACGGAGCCUAUACUCAACUGUUUGCAAGCCAUUCUCCUACCAUCACAGAGAAGGAAAACGGCUGUUGGGUGUCUCCUUUUGGAAAGGUCGAGCCAUGCCGCAAAGAUCUUCUUGAUCCUGAUCUUGGCAAAAAGUACUGGGAGUGGACGGAGGAACAGGUGAACAUGUAUAAGUAA